AUGGCUGAACAGACUCCGCCCGUACCCAAGGUCCUCGCCUUUGACGUCUUCGGCACCGUCGUAGACUGGCACACCACCAUCGCGCGCGAAGUCGAAUCCCUCGUCCCGGGCAUUGACGGCGACGCCUUCGCCCUCCAAUGGCGACAAGGCUACGCGCCCGCCAUGGCCGCGACCAUGGCCUCUGGCACCUUCCGCGUCCUCGAUGACCUGCACAUGGACAUCCUCCGCACCAUCGCGCCGCCUCUCUCGGAAUCCCAGCUAUCCGAACUGAACCGCGCAUGGCAUCGACUCGAUCCAUGGCCCGAAGCCGUCGCCGCUCUGAACCGGUUAAAGAGCCGUUUCGUCAUCACCCCAUUGUCGAAUGGCGGCAUUGGCCUGCUUACAUACAUGGCCAAACGGGCGGGGUUACCUUGGGACCUUAUAUUGUGUGCCGAGGUGUUUGGCGCUUACAAGCCCGAUCAUAGGACUUACCAGGGUGUGGCUAGGGUGCUUGGCGUUAAGCCCGAGGAAGUCAUGAUGGUGGCAGCGCAUGAGAAGGACCUGGAUGCCGCACAGGACGCCGGUCUACAGACAGCAUAUAUCGAGCGCGUACAUGAGUUUGGCGCGAAGAGGACAAAGGACGUUAGCCCGUCUCCACGCCAUCCCCUCCAUUUCCGCGACCUCGCCGCACUCGCAGAUUACUUUGGUUGCUAG